GCGGCUCAACCCGGAAAUUGGAUCUAACAGCGAGCACUGCGUACUCCGUGCGAAAAAAAUAAUGCUAGAUUUGAAUCAUUAUUGAAGAAAUCAUGGUUAUGAAUAGAACAGCUUAAUCUAAACAGUGGAAGUUCCUCAGCAGAUUAUGAUCACCAUUACCACAAUGAGCCUUCUUACUGGUCCAAUAUUCCUGACAGAGAGCAAUACAGCAGUAAUGACAUUUGGAAAAAACUGGCCAACACUGCUCCUAUUGGAAGAGACAGUACACAACAGUCGCUACGUGUUCGGAUUUAUUUUGGCUUUUUGUACAUUGAUCGCGAUAAGGGUCUGGAAAUAUUUCAGAAGAGUAGAAACCAGCUCAAGUCCACUGCAGCCAACUACAAGUUCUGUAGAAGAAGACAAGGAAUACCUGCCUGGAGAAGUUUGUUUAAGUCCUAAGUUACCAAGGCCUUCAGCUGGAAGACAAGAUGCCUGGAAUCUGAGACAUAGAAAUGUCCCAACAAGUCCAUCUGAAGUAACUGGGCCUUCUGGAAGACAAAUUGCUGAGGAACCCCACCCAGAAUAUAUCUCUUCAAGUCCACCUGUGUCAAGUGGGGCCUGUGAGAGACAAGAAAGAGUUGAGAAGCCUGAGUGCAUUAGUAAUAAGUUUCUUCAUUCCCUCUCUGGGGACAUCUCACCAAGGGAAAUGAUGUCUUUAGGUCUUCAGCUAGGAUUCAGCCAUGCCACACUAAGUACUUACGCUUACAAUCACAACAGAGAUGCAAAAAGUCAGAUUUAUAAUAUGUUAGUGGACUGGCACAACAAACAGGAUGGAGAUCUUAAGUCCCAAGCCAAGGAGCUUGGUCAUUGUCUGGCUAAGGCAGGGCGCUCAGACCUGAAAAUAAAAGUUUACAAAACCUUUAACAUCAGGUAAAUGAAACUGUAUGCUUUCUGUACUUAUGGUUCAGUUUUCAAAGCCCCAGUUUUGAUUUUUGAUGUACAUGUAGAUAUGCAAAAUAUAUGUGUUAUUUUCAUUUACGUUUGAUAUUUUUAGUUUGUCUUACAUAUAAUAUAUGAAUUCCGGAUGGCAAUUCUACAAAUGGCCGGCCGAAUGUAAAUUGAUUUCAGUUAAGUCAUAAACAGAAAAUUAUAUUAGAAAUUUAAGACUAAGUUACUCUAGCAUGGUUAAAGAAUCAAUUAUGUGAAAGUUUUGGUGCCAAAAUAACCCCUUUUAAGCGGGCAUUGGCCUCCAUUACAGAAUGACAAUGCUGGUGACUCCUUGCUGUUAGGGCAUUCAACUCUCAGACAUUUGUUGUUUGAGCUGCAACUGUAGAGGCAGAAAACUGACAAACAUUAAUGUAACAGCGAGUACAAUUACAGGAUGUUUCUGUGAGAGUUUAUCAUCACAGUCAUAAAGUCCAUGGUUUUCCUGAUUUCAUCAGCUUACAUGGGUCUUGUUACAGAGUCGGAUGUUAUGCCAACUUCCUUGGAAUAAUCACAUCACGCAAACAAAACCCACUGAAGACCAUAUUUCAAAUGCAGAAACAAAAUCUGUUUAAAUGUUUAUUUUAAAGAUGUUAUAUUUAAAAUUAAUUUUAACGGCUUAUGGUUGGAUUCUUUUAAUCCACUUUUUUCUGUGUAAGAUAGUGAUUCCAUCAGUGUAGCCAGAAAUUUACUGUUGCUUCAGUAAUUAAAGAUACUCGAUCUUUUA